AUGGCAACACCAAUACCUUGGGGAUAUCUGGCCGGGGAGCUGGUCGCCAUCUGGCUCGCGUUCGGCGCCGCCUGUGUUCUCGGAUCGGUUACCUGCGCGCCCCUGGAUGCGUUCGGGUACAAUAUGUGCGGCAACGACAGAAGAGUCGCAAUGUUCGCCGACCCCCUUAUGGAUUACCUGACCCUUAUCUGGUUCAGUCUGGGCAGCAGCUGCUGUGCCGGGUGGCUGUUCUGCCUGUUCCUCAACCUGUUGCGGCGCAACAUAUGCGACGACUAUGAGUUCUGGGAGGAGUGGCUUUACACAUGGUUUGAUGUGAGUAUAUAUUUCAUUGUGUUCUGGGCGUUCUGGCACACCAUUAUGAAUCACAAUCCCGAUCUCGAGCUGGAUGGCGUUAGGUGA